ACGGCCCAGGUAGGAAGCCAGCUGGGUUGUGACGGCACCUGGGUGGAGAACAGCUGUUUGUCCAACUGGCUUAGACCUCACAGGUCUUUGAGUAGAUAAGGGGAAAGCUCAGGUGUUGGAAAGCAAACUUUCUGUGGGCUGAAGCCUUCAGAGUGCAGACAGUCCCUGCAGCUAAGUGGAAACAGUCACUGACACCAUUCUGAGGGACCAGGGCCCCCUGAGUCACCAUGGGCAACGAGAACAGCACCUCGGACCACCAGAGGACUUCAUCAGUGCAGAGUCCACGACCACUGCAGCCCCCUGGGAACAGCCAGUCUCUACAGAAGAAGCAAGGGGACCCGCCUGGAACCGGUGGUGGCAGCAUUGGGCUAGGAGGCUCCUGCUCUGCUUCUGAGAGUGCUGCCAGCCUGGAUCCGUGCACUGUCUCCCCAGAGGUGACUGAGCAAGGGAAGCACCCCCAGGAAGCCGGGGGGCCAGAAGGUUCUCCACUGCCCAGACCAUCUCUGUCCAGGGAACAAGUGUGCCCCUCAGCCUCCAUGCCCUUCACCGAGUGCCCUCCAGAAAGUUGCCUGGCAAGCUCAGAAGCAGCAGCUGAAGAUGGCACCCUCACCCAUCAACUUAGAAUGGAACCCUCCCCCAGCAUCCCAGGGGACACCUUAGUAACAUGUACUCCUGAAGGGGAUGGCUCCGCACAGCGUUCAACGGCUGACACGACCCCCAGUGCUGAGGGAGACAGAGCGCUGAAGGAAGAGGCACAGAGCUUGUCCUCGAGUUGCCCUGGCCAGUUGCCCGGAAUUUCCCUAGUGCCUCUCCAGGAGCCAAGGACAGAGCUGACGUGUGGAGAGGGUGACUGGCCUGGUGGCUUUGAGUUCCAAAGGAAAGAGGCUAUGGAUGGCUGUUCUCUCCCACAGUCUGCCAGCAAGGCCCCUGCUACCGCCCAGCUGGGAGUGGAGAGCUCAGCUGUCCUUGAGGAGUGCCCCCCGAAACUUGAGACCAUGGCCCCAGAAAAUCCAGUUCUAAGAUCAUCAGAUAGGGAAAGAGGGGAAGGGGAGGUGCUACCUACGAUUUCCAAGAACUUGGAAUUUCUCAAAGGCUGCCAUCCCUCUAAAAGCAACUCAGGGGCUAACCCUGGAGCUGGGACAAGCACUGCCUCCCAGCAAAGCCACCAGCAGAACGUGGAAAUACAUCUGCCACGUCCAGAACUACCCUCAGACCCGCUAGGUCCUGCCGCAGCACCAGGAGACAGUGGCUCCUGGAUGGAGGAGGCUCAGAGCCAGCCACAGACGGGGACAUCAGAAACUGAGCCCCAGCAAGUUAUGGGUGUGGUAGCGGCCAGCCAGCCGGACGGGAGCUUGCUUCUGAGAGCUGAACUCCCGCCAUUCACUGGACCAGAGAAAGCAUCUACAGUGGCAAGUCCCUCCGCACACCCAGCUGCUUGGAAUUCUGUUGCCUCCGGAGAUCCCAGCUUGGCCAAGGAGACAGUUUCGGAGGCUCAGAUGCUAGUUUCUGCAGAUCUGACCGCAGAACAGGUGGGCACAGGGGUAGUGGGACUGAAGGCAGCAUCAGAUCGUAGAAGAACACAAGAACAACCAGAGGGCAGCCUCCAGGGGGUCCCUGCCCCUUUCCUGCAGGGGCAAAAUGAUACAGCCCUUGAAGGGCUGUUGCUGCCAACUUUCUCCCAUGGGGUUUCAAAUGAAAGUUCUAGAAGGUCAGUGGAACCAACUGAUGGUCCUGAGGCCCCCAAGAAUACUGAAAAUAGAGUUGCGGCUGGAGAGGGAAGCAGAUCACUCCGAGACAACCCUAAGGGACAGCAAAAAGCCACCAGAGCUGUUGAUGGUACAGAGUUCGGGAACCAUGAGGAAGAGAGGUCUCAAGCCUUUGGCUGCAAGCUCCACCGGGAGACUGACAAAGAUGAGGCUUUAAAGCCACACAGCACUCCAGAGAACAGCAUCAUUCCUAGCUCAGACUCAGCACAGCCACCCACACAGGGGGUUGCUGGCUGCAUGGAUGCGCCCCACACUGGGUCAGGAGAGGCAGUGCGGCUGGUGGUUCCUGAAUCCUAUGUGACUGACACAGCUACCUCACUGCACAAACUCCAUAAGGAGGACCCCAUUCUGUCCUCAGCAUCGGACGGAACUGGGGAGCACUUUCCCCCCCAAGAAGCCAUCUGGGAAAGUUCAACAUUGCAGACCAGAAGCCCCAUCAUGCUUCAGGGCAGGGGAGGAUUGGGAACAACAGAGUCACUUCCUGCUUUAGGAUCUGAGAAAGCAGGUUUCCUGUCUGCAGCAGCUGUGAGGGAGGCACCCAAAGCUGGGGAGACGGAGAACAUCCCAGAGGUAAAGGAGAGCCACUCGCCCUCUCAGCAGCCCUACAGCUGUGAUGGGGAGGGCUUGCUAAUAUCCCCAGGCCAACCUUGUGACCUGGAGAAGAAGGUGGAACCUGGACAGGAAGUCCGUGCUGAUGUGUCACCUCCCCCUGACGAGAAAAACUCAGCAACAGGCCACGGGCUUAUUAUGUUCAGUCUGGAACAAGAUUGUCAGGGAAAACUGUCCUGCCCAGAGGACAGCCUCCCACAACCUUUUAAGAACUCUCUCCAGCCAUCCCAACUGGACCCAGAAACAUCCAUCUUUGCUAGUCUCUGUGAGAAGGUCCAACCACCUACAAAUGGGCAAGGCGCUUGUCCAAGUGGCCCAGGUCUGGAGAAGCAGGGUACAGAUCCUUCCACAAUCCCAGUGCCCGAGGGAGGGAAGCCUAGGGUAGAUGUGAGCUUGCCUCAUGAUGGAAAGGAACGGGCUUCAGAACUUCCCCCCACAGGCAGUCCACACAAUACUCCAAGUUCAUCCCCCAAGGAUACAGUUCUGGGAGGGGUGCCAUCAGAGGAGUCAGAAGUGUCAGCCACUCUGGGACAGAAGUUGCCUGCAUGUGGGGAAAAUGAGCAAGGGGACACAGGCAGUGGCAGUCAGCCCUCGGAGAUCCCGCCUCCUGUGGCAGAUGCCUCUCUUGCGGGAAACUUGGGUGGAAAAGAUAGUUGCUGUCUUGGGCAGGGGCUGAGCAAGUCCCAACAGGAGCUGGCUGAUGCUAUGAAAACAGGCAACCAGCAUGAAGAAGCACGUUGUGGGGACCUGGGCAUAUCUGAAGCAGGUGACGUACUGCCCCUGCCUCAGGGCUUCAGGAAGACAGAGAUGACAAGUGGAAACAUGGCAGAGGCCCCGCCUUGCCCACCUGACUCAGUAGCUCUGCUGGAUACAGCACACUGCUCUGCAGACCCGGUGCCAACCAGCCCCAGAGACACACCCACUCAGGAUGCCCUAGCGAGUGAGGCCUGUGAUGAAAGCCAGAAAGAAUCGGCUCCACAGCUGGAAAUGGAGCAGCUGGCCACCUCGGGUGCAAAAGCACAGAGGCUUCUUGGAGGUUUCCCGAAAGCAGAGGAGCAAGGUGGUAAAGGCGGGUCUGCAGAGAUGGAUGUUGAUGCCAGUGACGGAGACCCUGGGACGCAGCAGGCUUCAGAGGGACCAGAAGCUGCUCGGAGUAGUGGCUGCUUUCAGACCGAACAGGGCCUCCCCUCCACUCUGGCUGAGCCGUGCCAACUUGAGCAGCUUGAGCCCAGCUGUGGGGAUGCCUUGCUGCCAGCUGGAGAAUCGGAUGGGCUCCCCAGAAGUACUGUGGGCGUUCCGGAACACGGCACUCUUGCAGGCCCACAGAGGCUUCUGCCCGCUGAACUAUCCAAAGAGACUGUACCUGACACUCCUUACCUGCAGAUCAAUGGCGCUGCGAGGCAGGAUGCAGAAGAUGGCAGCAUGAGUGCUGUCUCCUCUGAGGACCCCAGAGCACCUCAUGAAAGCCCCUGCCCUGUAAAGGAGCUUCCACCUGCUUUGAAAAGCGACACCCCUGGACAGGUGUCUGCUGUUUCCUUCACCACACUCUUGCAACCGGGAACCGAAGGUGAGGAAAUCUUUGCAGCAGGGGCUGGUAGUGUCAUCCCCCAAGCUGGAACCACAGAGGGACCUGUGAGUUUCAUGCCCUAUCUGGACAGGAGACCUCUACUGGCCAAAGAUGAGCAGAUGACAAGAGGGGUGUGUGUGGCCACAGCUCCAGAAGCAAGUGCCAGGCCCUCUGAGAUCACAGCAUGCCCUGCCAGUAAGGGCACAGCAGGAGAGACAGCGGGUAUCAGGGAGAAGGCAGAAGAACCCCCAGGUCUGAGGGCUGGCAUACCAGGUCAUGAGAGUGCAGGUUCCAAGCAGCCCAGCAUAACAACAGGGCUCCCUGACUUCAGAGAGCACAUCAGCAAGAUCUUUGAGCAGUCUGUGCUUGGAGCCCUGGCUGCUGAUCGGCCCCAGAGAAUUCCUGGUAAAAAGGCAGGAGCUCCAAGGAAUGUGCCAGCUGAGGGCCCAGACGUGUCACUGAACCCAGAGAAGCUUCUAGAUGGGGCUCCAAAAGUGGCUGCUGUCCCUCUCCCUGUACUUUCUGUUGGACUCCAGGCAGAGAAGAAGCAAGAGUCGGAUGCUGAGGCUGAGGCUGAGGCUUCUCACCUGGUUCCCCAGGGUCCAGAACCAGAGAAGCUGGUGGGUCUGGUGGAGACAGCCUUGGAGGAGAAGCUGCCACGUGCCAGUGUUGAGGGAGAGGGGCCUUGUGUCCCACCGACAGUGACAAGUGAGAGGCUAGAGGGGACUGUGGAGCCUGGCCAGGGAGCUCAAGCUCACUCACAGCAGGGAAGAAGCAGACAGGAAUCAGCAUCAGGUCUUCCUGCCCCUGCAGCUGCUCAGGGGAUACUAACAGAAAGUGUUUCUGGCUUCCCCGUGGCUCCCCAGAGCCCUGCAGAGAAGACUUCUGCUCAAGGGGACAGACGUCCUUCUGCAACAGGGCCCCUGGAAACAUUGGCCAGCAGCAGUCAACACAGACAUGAUACCCGCGACCUUGCUCACACCCAGGGUCCAAGUAAUCUAUCAGGAUCCACCUGUGCCCUGGAAGGCUCUUCUUCUCAUGGAAGUGUUUUGAAUGUCUCUGACUCUAACAGUGAGCCCCGGACCCCUGCUACACUUGGGGGUGAAAGACAGACUGAAGCUGCUGUCAGUCCCGCAGAAAUGCAAACUGUGCUGGGUCACCAGGGUACCCCCAAACCACUGGCUGGAGGAGUGUUGGCAACUCCCCCGGAGCCUUGCAAAAUGGUAGGAGCUCCCGAGGAAGCCAGAGGUGACGUCACACCAAGCACAGCUGAGGUAUGGACACGUGUGUCUGGUGACCUCCCAGAAACAGGUACUACAAGGAUGCUUCCCUGUGUGGCAGGUGACUCAGCCCUGCCCGGGUACUGUCAGGACUCAGGAUGCUCCAACAGGGCUCAGGCAAUGGAGGACACAGCCACCCUUCAAGGGGACAGCCAGGUCGGAUGCCAGCAGGCCAAGCAACAGCUGGAGUCUCAGCUCCUUGCUCCUGUAGGGUAUGGGAAGAAUAUCUCCUCACCUUCAGAGCCUGAUAACAGCAAAGACAAGAAGCUGCACCUCUUGGCUCCAGCAGAACUCCACAACGACAGUUCCCCUGAAACUGAUGAUGUCAUCCAGCCAGCUCCUCCAGCAGACCAGGGACACCCACCCUUAGCUGACUCUUCCCAUCAUGAUGACACUGUCGGCUUAGUCUCUACACAUCUGACAGUCCAGAGCAGCUCCCCAUCUGCUGCCCGUGCAAGUCCUGCUCCUCCAGCCUCAGAACGGGCAGCCCCGGCUUCUGCCACAGAUGGCCAUGGAGUAGAAGUCCCCCCUGCCUCCUGCCAGCACCUGGCCAAGAACAUAAACAGGAGUUCCGACUCUGAGGAAGCCUUUGAGACGCCAGAGUCCACGACCCCUGUCAAAGCUCCGCCAGCCCCUCCCCCGCCACCCCCGGAAGUCACUCCAGAGCCUGAGGUCAGCACUCCACCGGCCUCAGAAGAACCAGGAUGCCUCUCUGAGCCGGUUGUCGUUCCCGAUGGCCCUUGCAGCGAGUCCGUGGAAGGAAGCCCUUUCCGUCCUUCACACUCCUCCUCGGCAGUGUUUGAUGAAGACAAGCCGAUAGCCAGCAGUGGGACUUACAACUUGGACUUUGACAGCAUUGAGCUGGUGGAUAACUUUCAGAGCUUGGAGCCAUGCUCUGCCGACAGUAAGGGUCAGGAGUGUAAGGUGAGCACACGGAGGAAAUCCACCGAGUCCGUGCCGCCCUCCAAGUCCACGCUGUCCCGCUCGCUCAGCCUGCAAGCCGGCGACUUUGACGGUGCUUCUUGCCCGGGCAGCCCUGAAGCUGGGGCCCCUGCCACAGAUGCGUGUGGCACGGGAUCCAACAGUGCUUCCAGCACCCUUAAGCGAACUAAGAAAGUACGGCCGCCUUCCUUAAAAAAGAAACCGGCCAGCAAGAAACCCACGGAAACGCCCCCAGUAAAGGAGACCCAGCAGGAGCCGGGCGAAGAGAGCCCCGUGCCCAGCGAGGAGCACUUAGCGCCAGAGACAAAGCCGGAGUCGGCCACACCUGAGGGUGCUGGCUGCACCUUGUCAGAGGAGGCAUCCCUGGAGUCUGCCGCUGUGCCCGCGGCCACCUGUCCUCUGACUUUGGAGAGUACAGAGGACGUUAGCCCUCUGGUUUCUGGAGGCAGCGGGGUGCAGAACUCACCCCCUGUGGGGAGGAAGUGUGUGCCUCUCACCACAGCCCCUGAAGCAGUGGAGGUAACCCAGCCUGACACUGGGGGGCAAGAGGACUUGCCUGCCAAAGGCCUCUCAGUGAGGCUGGAGUUUGACUAUUCUGAGGACAAGGGUACCUGGGACAGUCAGCAGGAAAGCACCCCUCCCACCAAAAAGAUAGGCAAGAAGCCAGUUGCCAAAAUGCCCCUAAGGAGGCCAAAGAUGAAAAAGACACCCGAGAAACUUGACAACACUCCUGCCUCACCUCCAAGGUCCCCUACUGAACCCAAUGACAUCCCUAUUGCUAAAGGUACCUACACCUUUGAUAUAGACAAGUGGGAUGACCCCAAUUUUAACCCUUUUUCCUCCACCUCAAAAAUGCAAGAGUCUCCCAAACUGCCCCAACAAUCAUACAACUUUGACCCCGAUGCCUGUGAAGACUCCCUUGACCCCUUUAAGACAUCCUCUAAGACCCCCAGCUCACCUUCUAAAUCCCCAGCCUCUUUUGAGAUCCCAGCCAGCACCAUCGAAGUGGAUGGGGAUGGGUUGAAUAAACCGGCCAAGAAGAAGAAGACCCCCCUAAAGACGAUGGUUGAAGAUGUGAUGUCUGUGUGUUCUCUGUUUGACACAUUUAGGGUGAAGAAGUCGCCAAAGCGGUCUCCUCUGUCUGAUCCACCUUCUCAGGACCCCACUCCAGCUGCCACGCCAGAAGCACCCCCCGCAAUCUCUGCAGUGGUCCAUGCCACAGACGAGGAGAAGCUGGCCGUCACCAGCCAGAAGUGGACGUGUAUGACCGUGGACUUGGAUGCCGACAAACAGGACUUCCCACAGCCCUCGGACCUGUCUAACUUUGUAAAUGAGACCAAAUUCAAUUCACCCUCAGAGGGUAAGCAACUCGGUGGCCAGCCAGACCCACACCUUGCCUUGGAGAAUACUGUCCCUAGGGGGCAAAGAGCCAGAAAAGACACUUGCCAGCCAGAGCUGGACUACAGAAACUCCUAUGAAAUUGAAUACAUGGAAAAACUUGGCUCCUCCUUACCUCAGGACGCUGACACUCCGAAGAAGCAGGCCUUGUACCUUAUGUUUGACACCUCUCAGGAGAGCCCCAUCAAGUCUCCUCCAGUCCGGAUGUCAGAUUCGCCAACUCCAUGUUCAGGGUCGAGUUUUGAGGAGACUGAAGCCCUCGUAAAUGCUGCAACGAAACUCCAGCAUCCUGUCACACGAGGGCUGGCCUCCAACCAGGAGCCUCUCUUGCAGGUGCCAGAGAAAUCCUCCCAGAAGGAGCUGGAGGCCAUGGCCUUGGGCACCCCUGCAGAGGCGAUUGAAAUCACAGCUCCAGAGGCUGCCUUUGCCUCUGCGGAUGCCCUCCUAAGCAGGCUGGCCCAUCCUGCUUCUCUCUGUGGUGCACUUGACUAUCUGGAGCCUGACUUAGCAGAAAAGAACCCCCCAGUAUUUGCUCAGAAACUUCAGGAGGAAUUAGAGUUUGCCAUCAUGCGGAUAGAAGCCCUGAAGCUGGCCAGGCAGAUCGCCCUGGCUUCCCGCAGCCGCCAGGACACCAAGAGGGAAGCUGCUCACCCCCCAGACGUCUCCAUCUCCAAAACUGCCUUGUACUCCCGCAUCGGGCCCACUGAGGUGGAGAAGCCCCCGGGGCUUCUCUUCCCGCAGCCAGACCUGGACUCUGCGCUCCAAGUUGCCAGAGCAGAGGUUAUCUCCAAGGAGAGAGAAGUCUCGGAGUGGAGGGACAAAUAUGAAGAGAGCAGGCGGGAAGUGAUGGAAAUGAGGAAAAUCGUGGCUGAAUAUGAGAAGACCAUCGCACAGAUGAUCGAGGACGAACAGAGAGAGAAAUCCGUCUCUCUCCAAACUGUACAACAGCUGGUCCUGGAGAAGGAGCAAGCCCUGGCUGACCUGAACUCCGUGGAGAAGUCUCUGGCUGACCUCUUCAGGAGAUACGAGAAGAUGAAGGAGGUCCUGGAAGGCUUCCGCAAGAAUGAAGAGGUUCUGAAGAAGUGCGCUCAGGAGUACCUAUCCCGAGUGAAGAAAGAGGAACAGAGGUACCAGGCCCUGAAGGUGCACGCAGAAGAGAAACUGGACAGAGCGAAUGCGGAGAUUGCCCAGGUUCGAGGCAAGGCCCAGCAGGAGCAAGCAGCUUACCAGGCUAGCCUUCGGAAGGAGCAGCUGCGAGUGGACGCUCUAGAGAGGACGCUGGAGCAGAAGAAUAAAGAGAUAGAAGAACUCACCAAGAUCUGUGACGAGCUGAUUGCCAAAAUGGGGAAAAGCUAACUCUGAACCAAGUGCUUGGACUUGGCCGUUGCGUGCAAUACGUCCGUCGGCACACUGUUGUCCUUCCGGCUCCGUGGACAGGUUCUCUUCAGUUCCGUGUGCACUACUGUGUCCCCUUUCCAAGCCAGGUUGCUGUGACGGUUAUGCAGUGCCGAGACCUGCCAGGAUCCCUCGCUGUCCGUCUGCAUUUUCUAGUAUAAAUCCUAGCAAGUUGACCUCGGAGUUCCUGCAUCAGGGAGAUUGUCAGAUUCUCUAACAAAAACACGAGCUGCUGACCUUGGCUUUGCCCUUUGGUGAGCAGCAUCUGAUGUGACAUGAACGUAUACAGCCUGCAUAGGGACUCUUGCCUUAAAGAGUGUACAAUUGAUCCACAUUUGCUGGUUUGUUUGUUUGUUUUUUUUUUAAAUGCAUGUUUCAGAUAAAAUUCUCUAUUGUAAAUAAAUUUUUUUCUUUGAGUCUUGGCA